AUGCAGUGCGCGCGCAAGCUGCGCACGCACCGUCGCGCCCAGAAGUGGCACAACAAGCGGUACUCACGCAAGCACUCUGCGACCGCUCUCAAGGCGAACCCGUUCGGGGGCGCCUCCCACGCCAAGGGCAUCGUGCUGGAGCGCAUCGGCAUCGAGGCCAAGCAGCCCAACUCGGCCAUCCGCAAGUCGUGCAGAGUCCAGCUCAUCAAGAACGGAAAGAAGAUCGCCGCCUUCGUUCCGGGAGACGGCUGCCUCAACUUCGUCGAGGAGAAUGAUGAGGUCCUUAUCUCCGGCUUCGGACGGAGCGGACAUUCCGUCGGUGAUCUUCCCGGUGUACGCUUCAAGGUUGUGAAAGUCGCCGGUGUUUCGUUGCUCGCCCUGUUCCGGAAUAAGAAGGAGAAACCGAGAACUUGAGCAGUGCCUGCUUGGCUUUCUCACUUUUGGGUGCCCCGCAUGAUUCACGUGCCAGUUUGCAUCGGCGCCUCUGUACAGUCUGCUCUGGUUUUCUGAUCGCGUCUGUGGACCGUGGUUUACGGCUCUCUUGUACGCCGCCACAUCUUGCGGCCGCGAGUCCCGUCGAGACUGGAGCCCUGAUGUGGUCGACGCCGCGAACCGUAACCGUUGUAUGGAAAUCUUGUCUUUGGUGCAGUCAUCCUGUUCUUUUAUCACUCUUGAGCCAACGGUAUCGCCAAAGGUAGAGAGAUCUUACGCUGAUGUCGGUGGCAUAUUGUGCUUUCAAUAAAGGGUUACAAAUUUCUCCUUGCGCUGUCUGGCCAUCCGACCUAUCGCAUUCUCAACCCUGUGUACGGUGUACCUGUGCUUUAUGACUUGCCUAGCACACUAUAGCUCUACAUCGUACAAGCCGAAGUGAGCAUCAUGCACUCAUGGGUCGCCUUGGCACACUGCGAAAACUACUGGGGUAAUCCGCGUUCACUGUCUGGUUGCGUUGGCGCCUAGAGUGGUAAUAGUGCAUCAAACUAUCAACAUUCGCUGCAUCAUAGCAAAACACAACCCCAACGCGAAUUGGGCAUUUCUGGCAAGUCACCAAUGCGGUGGACUGUUCGCAUUCAAACAAGUCCGAUCUGACCUGGCGCAGUAUGGCCACGGCGGGAUAUCGCGGGGCCUUUGGAGUAAAUCACUGCUCAAUCGGAAAAUGGGUUUGUUCAUUCUUGGAAAUUUGAGGCUGGACGGCCCCCGCGUAAGCGACGUUAUUCGGAUUGUCCGAUCUAUUCCAAAAUUCCUUUCGCGACGCUAUACGGAUCAGCCUGAAUGUUUGAAUGAGAUGUGGCAUCAGCAACAAGUGCUAGUCGCACGCUGACUUUGCGUUUCCCAGAAAGAGAUGCUGCCGCGUAGGGUUGUGUCCGGCUGCGAUCGAGCGAUAUCCUGGGUCACCCAUAACACUUGAGGACGUUAUUUGGUGUACAGGGCAUGUUUAAAAGCCUCUGCUCACCAUUCAGUUGCUGCUUCCAUGAAAUCACUUGUUUAGUAACACACCGAUCGCGAAUAUCUCGGGUAUUUUGCGAUUUAGCGAUAGCUAGAACGGAAUUUGUCUGCUACGAGGAUUGUGGUGUUCGCAAAGGCAGCCUGGCGUACACUUGGGUUUGCGAUGCAAAGUGUUGGUGAUGACAGUCGGCCGCUCCACCUUUAGCGAUUGCGACGAUUGAAGAGUUGGGGGGAGACAAGUCAAAACACCUGUUUCAAGGAUGCGAAGGAUGGUUGAUCGAAAUGCAAGUGUCACACGGUGGUGACAAACUGAUGAAAAGGGGGCGACACACAACUCGACACGAGAACUCGAGGCCUAUUCCUGCGGAAGGCGAUGGGAUCUCCGUCUGACGAUCUCGACGCCGAUGCCGUCGAGCACGGCGGGCAAGGCGACGUGUGGCUUAAUGAUGCGGACCCUCACCUGGGUAGCCUGAUGGAUUUCGUGGAGGACCUGGUCUGCGAUGUCAGCGGCGACGCGCUCGACGAGGUGCCUGGUCUGGUCCUGGACGGCGGCCCUGGCAGCUUCGAAGACGCGGACGUAGUCGAGGGCGUGGUUGAAGUCGUCCGUGGCGCAGGCGCGCGACAGGUCGGCCGUGACGUCGACGUCGACGACAAACUGCUGGCCCAGGGCGUUCUCCGCGGCGUGCACGCCGUGGCGGCCGUACAGACGCAGGCCGCGCAGCAGGAGCUUGUCGGCGGCGGGCAUUGCGGGAUGGAGGUUGAGGCGGCAGUCGCGGGCGGGAGAUAGACGCGAAAAAGAGAUGCAACACAACGGUGGCGUUGUGCAUAACUGACCAGGAGGCGGUUUGUCGUACAAUUGGGGCGCAGAUAGGAGCGGAGCGGAGCGUUUGGCGAGGCGUCCUGCAAUGAUGUUUGAAAUUUGAAGGUGCGUUGCUGGUUACAUUGCUGGAUGUCGGGCAUGAUGCAGCAGAUGGCAAGAGGAGGGGGGGCUACUGUAGGUGAAAGGGGGGGCUAAAGGGGAGGCCCGAAAUAAUCGGACAGAUUCACAAUUACUGGGCAAACAUUUUGUUUCAUAAAUCUUGCUCAGGUGCAUAUUUGCUAU